AUGAAUGCAUCACGCUCUGCAUCAUGUGUAUUUUUUCAACACUGACCUUUUUAUUCAUUAUCAGAUGAUUCUGUCCUCCUCUCAUCAGACUGAGCCCUGCAGCUCCCUCAGGUUCACUCAGCACUGUGUGUGUGUCUCAGCCGAGCAGGUGAAGAGAUCACCUGAGCAGCUGGCUCUGCCCAGAGUCACCUGCUCUGUGAGGAGGAUCAGAGCUGUGUUCGGCUCCCUGGUUAAAAGCAAUGUGCAUGUUAAAGACAUGACAGGAGCUGCAGUCCCAGUGCCCCAGUCUGAGGAGUCCUGUGGGGUGAGACUGGGCCGAGAGAAGAACCAGAGCCUCUCCUUCUUCAGCAGAUAUGACAGCUGCUAUGCUCAGAUUGAGGGCAGCAGAGUGGUCAUCCCUCUGCAGGUGCAGCUGACGGGAGAGGAUCGGUGGUUCAGGGUGAAUAUCAGCUGUCCUCUGAUAAAGAGACACAGCGAGAGGAGUCCACUUGCUCCAAAGACGUUACCUGGAAGUUGUGACGUGGAAGAAGCUCUCCGUGUCGACUGCGGCCCCCAAGGUACCGCAAGACACGCCUGCCUCAAACUGGGAUGCUGCUACGACUCCGCCUGCUACUACAGACUGAACGCGUGCUCUCCGGACGGUCACUUUGUGUUCUCAGUGAAGGCCUCAGACACAGACCUCCCCAUCCGUCCCAGCAGCCUGGUGGUCAGGGAUCAGCCGCACUGUUACCCCACGCUCACCACGGAGGACACGGCUGUGUUCAAGAUCGGAGUCUCAGAGUGCGGCGUGAAGAUGAAGAUGGAUGGAGGUGUGAUGAUCUAUGAAGUGGACGUGGAGGAGCUGCAAGCUGAAAGUGACACCAAGAAAUCCCCGUUCAGCCUCCAGGUUCAGUGUGAAUAUGAAGCAUCAGAUCUAAAGCACGCAGCAGAACUGCGCUCCCUGUACGCAGUGACCAACCCGCCGCCCGUCAUCGCUCUGGGAACCAUCAGGGUCCAGAUGAGGAUAGCUAAAGACUCCUCCUUCACAUCCUUCUACCCCGAGGACCAGCUCCCCGUCACCCUGCCUCUGCGUGAAGCUGCGUACGUGGAGAUCUCCAUCAGACAACCGUCCCCUGACCCCUCGCUGUCCCUGCGUGUGCGGGACUGCUUCGCCUACCCGGUGUCCCGACACUCAGUGUGGACGCUCCUCUACGACGGAUGUCCAAACCCUCUGGACAACAUGAGGAGCUCCGUCCCCGUGGACCAGCAGGGGAAGACAACGUCCCAGAGUCAGAUCAGGAGGUUUGAUGUGCAGACCUUCGCCUUCCUGGACCCUGAAACAGGCAACCCGAGCUUUGAGGAGAUGUAUUUCUACUGCUGGGUGGAGAUCUGCACGGAUGACAUCGACUGUGCACAGCGCUGUGCCAUCAUUUCAUCCGAGGGCGAGAGACGGAGGAGGGACACCAUCUCUGCCUCCGAUCAGGUCCAGCUGCUCUCUUUAGGUCCUCUGCUGCUCGGACAGAACAGCACAGACCUGGAGGACGGACCGUGCGCCCAACAGGAGACGAUGUUUCAGGUCACCGUGUACGUCCUCUCUGGAGUCGGAGCUGCUCUACUGUUGGUGCUGCUCCUCGCUGCGUGGUCGAGCAUCAGGAGGUGGAGGAAGCUCGAUCACACGGAAGAAUCUGAAUAAAAUUCUGUCUAUAAUCUCAGAA